AUGAAGGCAGUGGAAGAGGAUAGCAUUGUGUUUAAAAUGGAAGUUGACAUAAAUGGAGAGUCCAGAACUACCCUAUCCACCCUCCCUGUGCCUCUUGCAGAGGUGAGUCCUGCAGGCAGGAUGGAAGCAGAGAAGCCCCGCUGUUCCAGUACCCCCUGCUCACCAAUGCGACGGACAGUUGCGGGAUAUCAGAUCCUUCACAUGGAUUCUAACUACCUGGUUGGCUUCACGACUGGAGAGGAGCUGCUAAAAUUAGCCCAAAAGUGCACAGGAAGUGAAGAGCAUAAAGGGGAAUCUGGGCUGAACUUGCGCUCCAAACAGCUUGAUUCAGGACUUACACGUUCCUCCCGUUUGUACAAAACUAGAAGUAGGUACUAUCAACCAUAUGAAAUCCCAGCAGUAAAUGGAAGGAGGAGGAGACGGAUGCCCAGCUCAGGGGAUAAAUGCACUAAGGCUUUGCCAUAUGAACCUUACAAGGCACUUCAUGGUCCCCUGCCUCUUUGCCUUUUAAAAGGUAAAAGGGCUCAUUCAAAAUCCCUGGACUACCUCAAUUUAGACAAAAUGAGCAUUAAGGAACCUGCUGACACAGAAGUGCUACAAUACCAGCUCCAACACCUUACCCUUAGAGGGGACCGUAUGUUUGCAAAAAGUAACACAUGA